CCAUGUAAGGCCCACCUGCUGACUAAACCUUCCGCCUGCUCUAUAAAAGCUCGUCCCCUGCGCUCGCUAGGUUUUUGGUGGGUUCCUCGGCGGCGGCGGCGGCGGCAGGCAAAGGAGCUCGAAGUCGAAAUGGGCAAGGGUACUGGGAGCUUCGGAAAGCGCAGGAACAAGACGCACACGCUGUGCGUGCGCUGCGGCCGCCGAAGCUUCCAUCUGCAGAAGAGCACCUGCUCCUCCUGCGGCUACCCCGCUGCUCGCAUCCGCAAGUACAACUGGAGUGUGAAGGCCAUUAGGAGGAAGACUACUGGCACAGGGAGGAUGAGGUACCUUCGCCAUGUGCCCCGGAGGUUCAAAAGCAACUUCAGAGAGGGAACUGAGGCUGUAUCAAGGAAGGGAGCUGCUGCUGGCGCCAACUAGAUGUGCUCUCCUCUCUUAUCUGAAACGGAGCUGUGGGUCAUGAAACUAGUGUUUUUGCUGUUUUCACUGAAAUUCGAUGCUCCUGAGUUGAGAAGCAAACGAUGCAUGGUUAUGUUAUUUCACAUCCAGGAUCUUAAUCCUACAUUUUUUUAAUGUUGAAUCGUGCUAGAUUGUUUUUGUC